AUGGAGAAUUUUGUAACGGAUAAAAGUAAUGAAAAGCAACAGAUAAGGGUGUUCACUUUAAAUUGUUGGGGACUUCCAUGUUUUUCAAAAAAUAAAAAAUGUCGUAUCACAGCUAUUGCAGAGUAUUUGUCAUCAAGUGAUUUAGAUAUAGUAUGCUUACAAGAAAUCUGGUCUAAAAAAGAUUAUUUAUACAUCAGUAAAAAGUGUUUUCUACAACUUCCUUAUUCACAUUACUUUAAUAGCUUCAUCAUUGGCUCUGGUUUAUGCAUUUUUUCUAAACAUCCAAUAUCUGAUGUUUACUUUCAUCAAUGGCCAAUCAAUGGAUAUGCUCAUAAAAUUCAUCAAGGGGACUGGCUGGCUGGUAAAGGGGUUGCUUUUGCAAGAAUUAAAAUAAAAGAUUUGGUUGUUAAUGUUUAUAAUGCUCAUCUUCAUGCAGAAUAUAACAUUCAUGGCACUGAAUAUUUAAGUCACAGAGUUUUACAAGCAUUUGAUACUUCUCAGUUUAUCAGAUUGACCAUUGAAGAUUGUGAUUUGGCUGUAUUGGCCGGAGAUCUGAAUACAGAGCCUGAUGAUUUAGCAAUAAAAAUUUUAAAUCAAAAUGCUCAAUUAACAGAUUGCUAUUUUGUUGCUCAAAAGAAGACUCUAACUUUUUUUGGGACCAAUGAAAGUACUAGAAAUAGCUAUGCUCCAAAAUCAGAAGUUAAACGUUUACCACAAGGAAAAAGAAUUGAUUACAUUUUGUACAGGAAUUCUCGGAAAAUAAAUGUUGAAGUCCAAAAUUACCAAUUUCCAUUACCAGAAAAAGUUCCUGGUUGCACUCAUAGUUAUUCCGAUCAUGAAGGAGUUGAGGUUUUAUUACAGUAUGGGUUUGAUUCUGCACUUAAAGGUAGAGGGCCUGAGGGUAAUUCUUAUGAACUUCAAUUAACAUUAGAAACUGCAAUUGAUGUAUGUAAUGAUGCAUUGCAUAAACUUCGAGUUGCUCAGAAAACAUAUUUAACACUAUCAAUAUUAUUUGGGGUUUUAAUUAUUGUAUCAUGGUUUGCUGAAUUAUUUUUUUACAUUCCAUUAGAUAUAGGAGGUUACCAAGUGGCUUCCACUAAAAGCAAUAAAUAUUAUAUUUUAUAUAAAACUUACACGUUGGGAUAUAAAUUAUUUUUUUACUUUUCCCUCCUUUUUAUUACAAUAAGAAAUAUCAAAUUUUUCAAAUGCGCAUGUGUUUCCGGAAAAGUACGAAGUUGUCCGAAGUUAUUACUUAAGUGCAUAAGUCGUAUUGCCCUGGAAGAAGUUAAAAAUUGUUUGUUCCAGGUGUUACCGCUUUAA